AUGGAAAUUGGCAACAUAACCACAGUCACCAAGUUUGUUCUCCUAGGACUGUCCCACAAUCCCCAGAUCCAGGUAGUACUCUUUGUGCUGUUCCUGGUGGUUUACCUCCUGACCCUCACAGAGAACCUGCUGCUGCUGCUGCUGGUGAUCAAAGCUGAUUCCCACCUCCACACCCCCAUGUACUUCUUCCUGGGUCACCUCUCCUUCCUGGAUGCUUUCUAUUCCUCAGUCAUCGUGCCUAAACUGCUGGAGAACCUUCUUUCCAAGUGGAAGACUAUAUCCCUUCUUGGGUGUUUCACCCAGAUUUUCUUGGUCAUAUUUUCUGGAGCCGCUGAAGCUUGCCUCCUUUCAGUCAUGGCCUAUGACCGGUUCCAGGCUGUGUGCCACCCGCUGCUGUACAUGGUGACUAUGGACAGGAAGGUGUGUACUGGCCUGGUGGCAGCAUCCUGGGCCGUGGGAAUGGGGAGUAGCCUCGUUAACACUCUUCUCCUGGCUCAACAGAACUUCUGUGGCCCCAACUUCAUCCACAGUUUUGUCUGCGAGCUUCCUCCAGUGCUCCUCUUGGCCUGUUCUGACUCCUACAUCAGCAUCGCCUCCAUCCUGACAACCGUGGGGAUCCUGGGCUUUGGCACCCUGGUCCUAUUGCUGGGUUCCUACACCCGUAUCAUCAUGACAGCCCUGAGGAUCAACUCUGCCACGGGUAGGAGCAAGAUCUUCUCCACCUGCUCUUCUCACGUUCUUGUGGUCACCAUCUUUUAUGGCUCAGGAGUUUUCAGGUACAUGACCCCAGCCUCUGGUUCAGUCCUGGAGCAGGUGCUCUCCCUGCAGUACAGUGUGGUGACGCCUCUGCUCAACCCCCUCAUCUACAGCCUGAAGAACCAGGAGGUGAAGGCAGCUCUGAGGAGGAUGCUGGCCAGGCAGCCCAGGCUGACCUUCUAA